AUGGCUCUGAAACGUAUUCAUAAGGAAUUAAGCGACCUAAAUAGGGAUCCACCAACUAACUGUUCAGCAGGACCUGUAGGUGAUGAUAUGUUUCACUGGCAAGCAACAAUUAUUGGUCCAGAUGGCAGUUCAUAUGCUGGGGGCAUAUUCUAUCUGAAUAUUCACUUUCCUAGUGAUUAUCCAUUUAAACCCCCUAAGGUGAAUUUUACUACGAAGAUUUACCACUGUAAUAUAAAUUCGAAUGGAGCUAUAUGUUUGGAUAUUCUAAAGGAUCAGUGGAGUCCAGCAUUGACUAUAUCUAAGGUGCUAUUAUCUAUAUCUUCUCUACUAACUGAUGCUAAUCCAGAUGAUCCUCUUGUACCGGAAGUAGCUCACUUAUUUAAGACAGACAGAAAUAGAUACGAGCAAACUGCUAGAGAGUGGACUCAAAGAUUUGCUCAUUAA